CCCCACGCUAUACCUCCGGGCCACCUUUCACUCAGACACCCGCCCUCUGUCUGCGCGGCGCCAAUUAAGCCAUGGUCGCAUCUCCGGCGGUACCUGAAAUCUACGAGGAUGAGCUGCACUCUGCGAUUGAGGCGCGCUCAGAGUCCCUGCAGACGCUGCGCGAAUUAGGCCCGCCAGAUCUCGUCCACCUCAUCAAGCAGCCCAUCAAGUCGACAACGAAGCAGACUGGCGUAUACCACCAUGUCAGCGGCAUUGACGCCUCGUCCUCUGCCAGCUUGGCGGCAUACAUCAACACGCUUACGUACUCGCCCCACGACAAGCAGAACAAGGUGGUGUCAGGGUUAUACUGCUGCUACAAUGCCUUCUCGCGCCUGGACAUGCGCGUGCAGGUCUACAUCCCCGGUACUGUGGAGAGCUACUGCAUCGACGAGCGGGGCGACAAGCGGGUAGCCACCGACGAGCUAUGGCUGGAAACGUACCUGUGCAGCGUCCUGCGCGCAUACUCAUACGCCGACGACGGCUCCGGCGACACUAUCAAGAAGAUUAUUGGCGUACGGCGCUUCAAUCCUGUUACGAGCACGGAGAGCGAGCACAAGUUUCUGGAUGCAGCAGAGCGCUUGUUCUUCAGCGGUUGGCAAUUAGGGUCAGACCCUGAGAUCCAAGUCCCCAACCUCGUCUCGAACCACCUUACCACCGGGCUGCUCAGCUACAUCCACACCACAGGAAGAUAUGCAUCCGGUAUCAAUCUGUUCGAGAAACUGCGCACGCGCGACCCUGAGAUCUCGUCGCUACUCGCACGUGUAUACAUGCAGGCAGACGAGGAGGUCAAGGCGGUACAGCUGCUGCAUGAGGUCAUCCAGGAGCUACCCAUGGACUACUCCUUACUCGACUGCCAGGCCGAGUUCUGCAACAGCAAGGGUCGCGGGGACCUAGCGCUCGAGAUUGCGAAGAGAAGCGUGGUGUCUGCACCUAGCGAGUUCGGCACAUGGGCUAGGUUGGCGGAGAUCUAUGUCAGCCUCGAGCAGUGGGAUCUGGCUCUCCUGACUCUCAACUCGUGUCCCAUGUUCACAUACCAGGACAAGGAUGCACCACGGAUGCCGGAGCCCCAGAGAGUGUUCCUGCCGAUUAUGCCGGAAGCCAUGUGCGACGAGAUCGAAGACAGCAACCUUGACGAUAUGGAGAUGGUCCACCCGACAUUGCGCAAGCUCCACGCAGCUGGCUUCAAGGGCACCUUCCUGAAGGCAUACAUCAUUCUAACAGAAAUCACAAAGAAGAUUGGCUGGGAUCAAUUGCUGAAGAUACGAUCCCAAGUCUUCGUCAUGGAGGAAGAAUACCGCCACGAGAAGCAAAACGUUCCCGUUUCACAUUCGCGUAGUGCCAGCACCACAGCACUCCGCUCACCCUCGCCAUCAGUUCAAGCAUCCCCCAACCCCCAGGUCAACGGCAAUGGCGAAGACAACGACAUGUCCGGAGCAAAUGGAGAAUCGUCUGCAGAAGCAGCCGUACAAGACUCAUUACAAGAGCCCGGCCACACCGUCGCCGCCGAAGUCGUCAAAGCAGGCAGCGAAGAGCCACACCCAACCAACAACGACAGUCCCUCGCAACCAAACUACACACAAUUCCAGAACAAGCGCCUCUGCGAACGCUGGCUCGAUAACCUUUUCAUGGUUCUUUACGAAGAUCUGCGCGUAUACACCAUCUGGCGCACCGAAAUGGCGCAAUACAGACAACAGCAACUCUUAUACAAGAAGAGCGCUGAGGAGUGGGAGAUCCUUGGUGAGCUGGCGGAACGACUGCAUCACAUCGACGAGGCGGUUGAAGCGUACGAGAACUGUCUGCAGAUCAAGUUCUCGCCGAAGGCGAUGAGGGGUGUGUUGAAAUUGGGUGAAGAGAAGAGGAAUACGAGAGAUGUUUGCGCGGCGUUGAUCAGGCUUGUCACAUGGCAAUAUCGAUGGUACUCUGAGUUCUCACCCUCACUGCUCUACACGAUCCGCAAACUCAUCGAAGAAGAAGGCGCGGUCAAGAUCAGGAGUAUCAUCCAGGGCACCAGCUUACCGCAGCACGUUCUCGAUCUCACACAUCAGUAUGCGGCGCUGUGCGCAGCGUUUAGGAGCAGCGGGAGCGAUGGCUAGAAGCUGUUGAGGAGCCCUACGAAGUUGUGGCUGGAGGCAAGGAGCAAGUGCUGAGGUCUGAAGACGUGAGGCAAGAGAGGAGGUGUUAUCAUUUGCUGCAUUGAUAGCGGUGGUGUUAUGGAAGGGUUUAGCUACGCAACGUUAGAAGCAAGAAUGUUGAAAGCAC